AUGGAGACCCUCAAAGCCGUCUUCUUUGGCCCUGAUCCACAGGCCCAGAUGCGGAAAUGUAAUCAACUCAUCAGAGCCAAUACCCGCCAAUUGGACCGCGACAUCGCUCAACUAAGAACACUGGAAAGCAAGACCCGCCAAUACAUUGUCAAUGCGUCGCGGAGGGCUCAGCGGAAUCCCUCGCAGGCGAAACAAGCCACCACUGAGACCAAGACAUUUGCCCGAGAACUGGUCCGGAUCCGCAAACAAUCCGCACGUCUCACAACCAGCCGGGCCCAGCUCCAAAGCGUGCAGAUGCAGGUGAACGAGGCUUUUUCGAUGCGGAAAAUCCAAGGGAGCUUGAAGACGUCGGCGGGGAUCAUGAAAGACGUGAAUACGCUGGUCCGGCUACCCGAGCUGACGGGGACGAUGCACCAACUUGCGACGGAAUUGGUGCGGGCGGGUAUCAUCGAAGAGAUGGUCGAUGAUGCGAUCCCCAAUAACGAGCUGCUGGAAGAUGAAGAGGAUGAAGCCGAGGCAGAGGUUGACAAGGUUCUGCAGGAAAUCCUGCAGGGCAAGCUCUCCCAGGCUGGAGAUGUCAAGGUCGAGGAGCCUGUGGAAGGAGAGCCGGUCAUCGAGGAACAAAUGGAAGACCAAGAAGCAGCUCUCGAGCAGAUGCGCGGUCGUCUAGAGGCUUUGAAGAGUUGA